AUGUCUGCAAGCCCCCGCCCCUCGACGGGCUUCUGGGGAAUUCCGCUGCCCGGACUCCAGGGUUCUGCGCGCGAACUGAUUUCUGUGCGCUCGCGAAUUCGACACGCUCCCCGCCCAGCUGCGUCUUCGCCCUGUAGGAUGUCGGCGCCCCCUGUCGCGCAGCGUCCGCAGGCGCCUACCCCCCCUCCGGCGUCCUCACCCGCUUGGGCCUCCCUGCGGCCAGGCAGACUCGUCUGGGUCCCCGCGCGCUGUCUGCCUUCCGCGCGCCUUAGCACUCCGCCGGUUGGCGCAGAGCGCGCCACCCGGGCACGCUUCCAGGCGCCUCCUCCCUCUGCUGCGGAGGCAACGAGCGCCGGUUCCUCCUCGUCGCUGCGGCCGCAGACAGCUGCGACUCCGCCGCUCUUCAGAGAGUCGCCUCGGGUUGCGCAGCAAUACGACGCUUCGCCGUCCCCCUCGGCGCCGCUUGACAGGUCGUUUCCUGCAGAGACGCCGAAUCCUGCGCUCGGUUCGCUCAGGCUGGAAGGAAGGAGGGUGAACGGCGAAGCGAGUGCCUUUGAUGCACCCAGCUCGGGAAGGGGCCUCGACUGGCAUCCUCAGUUCUCCGCGUCCGGAGGCGAACGCCCUUUUUACCCAGGAAAAGUCAUCGCAUGCUCCCCUGAGGGCUGUUCUGGUGUAUGUACACCGCAACCAGCCACGCAGGCGACCGCGCAGAGGCGCGACGUCGUGAGAACGAACGUGCCGAAUCCGCGCAGGGGGGGCGCUGAUCCUGACGACUUCGUUGAGGUUGUGGUUUCUCUUGGUCCGGAGGGCAAGGCUUCGGAAGGAAAAUGCGGGGGGGAUCAGGGCCACGCGGAAGGCGGCGCUGAGGCGAGCAAGGAUCACGAGACUGUUGUCAGGGUUCGGCCGGCAGAUCUUCUUCUGCGCGACGAUGCUUGUGGGACUGUUGACGAUAAUGCUCAGAUGCAGCACCUUAACGAGGCGAAUCUCGUCGCCAACAUUCGUUGCCGCUUCACCCAGGCCUUCGCGCGCGUGGCUGGCGAGACAGAAGCCGCGGCCGAAGAGCGCCAGAGGAAGAUCUAUACCUACAUGGGGACGCUUCUGAUCGCGGUCAACCCCUACCGCUUCUUUAACUUGUACGAUCGCCGCUGGAUUUCCCGAUUCUCGAGUCCUUCCUGCACUUCCACUCCUACGUCUUCGUUCUUGCCUGCGUCCUCCGCUGUUCAUGCGGCCGCAAGCCGUCCGCCCUCCUCUGAGUCGUGUCUGCCUUCCUCUUCUUCGGGGCUCUUCGCGUCGCCUCCGCCGGCGCGCCGACAUGCCACAGAUCCUGAGGCGCCUUCGCAGCUCGAAGCCGCUUCCUCGGCGGCGCGCGGACUCGCAGGCAGCCGCCAGGUGCCUCACCCCUUCGCUCUCGCAGAGUUCGCCUACUGCCGUCUCGUCAGAGAUAAACGGAGUCAGUCGGUGCUGAUCAGCGGAGAAAGCGGCGCAGGGAAGACCGAGACGUCUAAACACGUUUUGAGCUACCUCGCAGCUGUCUCCGACCACCGCCACGGCGCCCACUGCCAAGGGAUGGAGGCGCGGCUGCUUCAGUGCGGACCUGUUCUGGAAGCCUUUGGCAACGCGCGCACCGUGCUGAAUACCAACAGCAGCCGCUUCGGCAAGAUGCUGAUGCUUCACUUUACCGACCGCGGAAAACUAACUGGAGCCUCCGUUCUGACGUACCUCCUCGCAAAAGAACGCGUGGUGCGGAUCCCCGCAGACGAGUUCGGUUUUCACAUUUUCUACGCGCUUUGCAACGCGGCCUCCCGGGGGCGCGAGGACUGCGGCGCAACCGGGGCAGCCGACGACGAGAACGACGCCCUCGGUGACCUUCUCGAGACGCUCGCGCUUGAUAAGGGCCCCACGGCCUUUCGGCUGCUGAACUUUGGGGAGUCUGCCGAAGGCGCGCGAGUCAAGCAGGAAGACGAGCGCGCCGAGGAGUCGGCGGAAACCGACGAAGCGCAGGCGAUGCGGCCUCUCUCCCCGUGGACUGACCUGCGGAGGAUCACGCGAGCGAUGACCACGGUUGGGAUCGACUUUUCGCUGCAGUCUCGGAUCUUCAAGCUCCUCGCGGCGAUUCUUCACCUGGGAAACGUCGCCUUCGUGGACCAGGAGAGCUCCGAGGCGGCGUCUAAGCGGAGAAAAGUGUCUCCUUUGCUCUCGCCGCAGGCGGGGACGAACGCGGGCGAGAGGGUCGAGAGAGGCAGGGGCGCCGCGCCCGGCUCGGAAGCGGUCGCGGUCGCGGAGAGCUCGCGCGAAAGCCUGCGCGCGGCGGCGAGGCUCCUCGGACUUCCCUGUGGCGACGAGGGCGAGGAAAUGCUUCGUUUAGCUGUCCUCUCUCGGUCGGUGCGCGAGACGCGUUCUUUUUUUGACCUCGAAGGCGCGGCCGCGGCGCGGGAUUCUGCAUGCAAGACUCUAUACAGUCGAGCCUUUGACGCGGUGGUCGCGCGCAUCAACGCAGGGCUCAGGACCGCGGCUGCCGGUUUGCGGAAGGCGCCUUCAGACGAAUCCGUGGUCGCCAAGGACGAAGGGAAGCACUCGAUUGGAAUUCUCGACAUUUUUGGAUUCGAAGAUUUGCGGCGACACAGCAGCAAUCGUUUGGAGCAGCUCUGCAUCAACUACGCGAACGAGCGUUUGCACUGCUUCCUUCUGCAGCAGUUGAUUUUGCAUGAGCGCCUUCUCUACUUGCAGGAGUGCCUGAUCGUCGGCGGCGCGCACUCCCCCAUCCCGUUGUCGCCUCUCUCGUCUCCGUUUGCUCCUUCUGCGCGCCCAUUCUCGGCGUCGCCCGCCCCGUCGUCGCCUGCACUCGCAGCGACAUUUUCUGCGUCGCCCUGCGCCUCGCCGCCUCUGCCGCUCGCGAGGGGCGACGCGCAGAAGGCUGUCUUAAUCUCGGAAGUCCUGAGAGCCAAGUGCAUGAGCAACGCGGAGAAGCUGACCUACACGAGCGCGCUGCUGUGUGCGCUGCUUGCGGGCUCGUCGCUCACCAGCGACUUCUGCGUGGCGUGCGACGCCGACGGCCGCGUGUGGAGACUCGCUGAUCCGAAGGGGAGACACGCGGCGCGCCCAGAGGAGGAGGAGGAGGCGACGAAGGCCAGAGAGCUUGCCUCUGUGGCUGCGGCACUAAAGACUCCAGGAGUCUUUGGCAUCUUGGAAGAGGCGGGCAGACUCCCAGUCAAGGGAGAUCGAGACGUCGUCUUCUACAACCGGCUGCUGGCGGAGGUCAAGAAUAAAGGCGCCGAACGCUUCAUCCGCGGCACCAAGCCGUCCUCCUCGCAGCUGCGAGGAGAGAGAGGCGAUCCGCUUCACUUCACGGUGUCGCACUUUGCCUGCGACGUCACCUACGACGCGCGGGAUUUUUGCCGCUCCAAUGGAGAGGCCACGUCUGACGAGCUCGAACGCCUCUUCAGUGCAUGCACGACCUACACGAGUCUCCUUGGGGACACCAAGCCCCGCGAGCCCGGCGCCCGAGGGCCUGCGACCGCGUUGGGCUCCAAGGCGGGCGGCGGGGGACGGCGGAGCACGCUGAGCGUCCACUUCGCCUCUCAACUUCAGCAGGUUCUCAAGUCUCUGCAGGAAACUCCUUGUCACUUCAUUCGCUGCGUCAAGCCGAAUCAACAACAGCGAGCGGCCGUGUUCGAGGAGCCCUACGUUCACACGCAGCUGCGAUGCAGCGGCAUGGCAGAUCUGCUUCACGUCAUGGCAGACGGGUUUCCUUGUCGCCUCUCCUACACCGACCUCUGGGCUCGGUACGAGGCGCAGCUCCCCCCGCAACUGCGCGAGACGCUGGACCCGCGGGACUUCGCCACCCUCGUCUUGGAUGCUCUCCAGCUGCCGCAAGAUGCCUAUCGGUUGGGCUCGUCGCGCGUCUUCUUCCGCCUCGGGUGCAUGGACAUCCUCGACGAGCUGUUGCUCAAGAAAGCUCCCCUGCGGCGCUUGUCUAGCGGGGGAGGAGGCGCGGAGGCAGGGUCGCGGGCGGGCGAGGAGACAGUCUCCGGGCCCUGUUCAGCCGCCUCGUUCAUCGACAGCGUCGUCGCAGCGGUGCUCGCCGCGCACGCCAAGCGAAAGCGACGGCGUGUACUCAGACACGUCCUCAUCGGCGUCCGCCUGCGGCUGGCCUUUGCGAAACAAAGAGCCUUCCUCCUCGCGUCGCUGUGCGCCGUUCGCGCCCUCCGCGUGGUUCAGCCGCGGCGCCGAGUCGCCGCCGCCGUCGCGGGGCUCCUCGAGGCUCUAGGACACGCUGCUCGCGCCCGGGAGGAGAGACGCCGCGAGGCUCGCCUUGCCGCGGCCGCGACGAGACUUCAGGCAUUUUUCCGCGGCUGCCUCGCGCGUCGGCGAUCGCGCCAACUGCGGCUGGAGAGAGCGCACGCGGCGCUGCGGCGACGGCAAGAAGAAGACGCAUACAGACAAAAGCGAGAGACGAUGGAAAGGAAGGCUGCGGUGGCGGUGCAGAAAGUGUGGCGUGGGGUUCUGAAUCGCAGGCACGUGGCGAGACAGCACGCUGCGGCGGUGUCUAUACAGCGGCACUGGUGGGGCUUUCGAAACCGGCGCGGAAAGCACUUUUUCUUUCUCCAGUUGCGCAAGAUUCAGCGAGCGGUGCGUCGCUGGCUGGCGGGGAAACGCGCCUGGAGAGAACGGAAGGAGGACAGAGCGGCGCGGCUGGCGCCCGAGGAACGAAAAGGCCGACAGUCGUCCUCCUCUGGGCUCUGUUGCGACGGAUGCCCCUCAGACGACGAACCGCUCCUCUUGCCCUUCUCGGGCGUAUCUACAGCAAGCGGGGACCUCGAGCUCUCGAUUUCUUCCGAGCCUGCGGCCGGCGACGGGUUUGCUCUUGGGAAUCCCGAAGUCGGCGCCUGCUUCCAAAAGACGCAUAGCCUCACCCUUGGCGCGCAUCCGCGCGCACGCUGGCCUUCUUCAUCUCACUCUUCUCUCCUUGUAUCUCCCACACCGUCUCUCCCUCCUGACAUGCCACUCGCCCCGUCUGCCUCGCGCUCCGGUGCGUCCUCCGCGUGUGGCUUUGCCGCGGCUGCCGCGCCGCCUUCCCUCUCGCGGCCCUGUGCCUCGCCAGAUGCCUCGCCCGCACGGAGGCGCGGCGCCGCGGCAGCAGAGGAAACCUCCGCGAGAGCUUCGAGAGCCCGUUUGACGCCUUCCGGGGAGGCGUGCCCAGCCGCCAGGGCACCCGGCGACGCGACGGCCUCGGGCGCGGCCGCGCUGGAAGCCCUGCGCCGGGAGAAGGCGUACGCCGAAGACGGCGAGGACGACGAGGACCUGCUGGGUCUGCAGUCUCCGCCAGCUUCGCCGCGCGAGGUGCGUGGCGCCUUGCCAGGAAAGGAGGGCGACGCGCUUCAGAACGGGAUUCGAAAGGCUUGCGCGGAACCGCGAGAGGGCCUGCUCCCUGUGUCUUCGCCUGAAGCUGGCGCGGGUGUCUCUAAGGUCGCCAGGAGACCCGGGGUCGCGGGCGACGCCGCUGGCGAUUCGCAUCGGCGAGAUAGGGGCGGCGACCAGAACGUCGCACAGAGUAUCUGUCGCGCGCCAGAAGUCGUCUCUAGCCCGCAUUCGCGCGAGGGGGGCCGUCUUGACCAGUCGCGCACGCAUCCGCACGACUACGCACGCGCUGAAGUGGCCUCGGAAAGGUGUCCCUCGACUGCCGUGGGAGCUUCGCACGACGGAGGCGGCUCGCGGCGCGGGCACGCGACUUCCCCGCUGGCUGCCAGGCCUCUGCAGACUGCCAGCUUGCCGGCGACUUGCUCAGCGGGCGAGGUUGAGGCGCGAGAGCGCGACGGAAGCAGAUCGUCUUCAGAUUUGCCCCUGAAGCGCUCUGCUGCGGCCGCGCCAAGUUGCGUCGCCGCGGGCGCGAGGAUGCCGGCGGCGCCCGCGGCGCGGCAGAAGCGGAAGCUCGAGGAGGUGGAGGACGACGGCGAGGCGCCCGAGGGGUCGGUCGGGUCAGAGGCCUGGAACGAAACCGCCUUCCUCCCUUCCAGCGAUGGCGAGGAGACCUUCGAGGACGGCCACGACGAAGAGCGGGCAGGCGAGGAAGCUCAGGGUCUGUGCAUCGCCUACAGUCCGCUCCCAAUGUCAUCCACGCCUCGCGCAGACUCCGCCCCCGAGCGAGUGGCAUCUGUGCCGCGACCGCUUCCUCCCUGCCGAAUCCCGCCAGUAAAUCGGAGAACGGCCUCCCACGCGUCGCCGCGUCGGUCAUGCGGAAAGUCGUGUCCGCCUCUGCGUGCGGACGCAGCGGCGGUCGGUCCACGUGAAGGGGGGGACUCUGCAGGGCGGUCCCAGAGAGACGCGCAGUCGUCCAUUCCGCGGCCUCUGCCUGGGCGACAGAAGAAAAAUUCGGCUUUUUCUGUGUGUGGUUCACCGACUGUCGCCCAAGACGCGACCGACGACGGGGUGUGUCGGCCUCUCGCAAAGGCUUCCUCGCUUGCAGGAACGAAAAUCCCCUCCCCGUCCUCGUUUGUCGCCGCGAUGAAGAGGAAACGAAGGAAACUCGAAGACACCCUCGUGACGCAGUGA